UUACCAGCUUGUUGCAUUUAUUUUGAAAAUAAAACAAAGUUAUGAUAUUAAACGUGAGCUAGCUUUACAGAGGCGCACAAACAGCUGCAGGGGGAAAUAACACUCUGGCAACCUUCACGGCGGCUCCAAUAAAUGGAUGAGUGAAUGAAUCGAAUGAAGUGAUGACGAUUUUGAGUUUAAACCUGAUAUUAAUUACAGGACUUUAACCUUAAAUGUGCUACGUAUUUAUUUAUUUACUGUUCAAGAGAUGUCCUCUCAAAUAGCCUUCACAUCAAAUAAAACUCCAGGUGUCACGAGAGCACGUUGCUUUUUAACUUCUUAGAGAUUUUUAAAUGAAUGGUGUAAGCAUAUUAAGCCAUGUGUUCUCCUGGGUUUAAUCUUUAGGACGUUACCAUUUAAAACUAAGAGCGCUUCCGGUUCAGACAUACUUUCAAAAUAAAUCUCAAUGAGUUUCAAAUCAAUUUUUUUUUUUUUGUGUAGUAACCUGGUAGUAACAGGGGUACGCGUUGAAAAGUAAAACAAAUGUUUUAUUAUACAGAAUAAUAAAAAAACUUCUAAAAAUUUCAGCAGCAAAAAGAAAUAGUGAUUUCAACCAUUUUGGCCUGAAGCAUAAACCGAACAACUAUUUUAUUCCCAUAAAAACAUCCUGAUUAUAUUAUGAGUUUAAUAAACCAACCGGAUGUUGAAAGGCAGUCGGUGCUGGCAGACAGAAGUGGGACCGUCACCCACUGCCGACAAACAGUCUGAGGCGGUUCUGCUGCAGGUCGGUUCUGAUGUCAGCGCUGAAAAAGCAGCGAUCCCCAGGGACUUUGUCCUCGGCUUCCCUCAAACGGAGGUUCUUGCGGAGGAAGAGGAGAGUCGCACCGGGAGCGCAGAAGGAUGCGGACAGCGAGCUGUGCAGGUGCUCCAUAGUUCCUCUUUCUGGCUGCAGCAGGACGGUCCGGCGGAUUCUGACUGCCUGCACCCUCUCCUUGCUUGCUCUAUUCGGCUCCGUGUCUGUGGACCUCAGCUCCAACUUUGACCUUCUGCAUGCAACAGAGGCGGCUUAUGAUGAGCUGACGUCCUGCAGGACCAUAACCAUCCUGCACCUUGUCAGUAAACUUCAGCAGAUCAGACAUUUAUUAGCUAAAGACACGAACAAUGAGACUCUGGAGACCAGUUUUGCAGCUCUGGAUCAUCCCUGUGGAGACGUGGAGAAUCACUGUGACGGCCGUGGGCUUCCAUGCAGCACGUCUGGAUCUUGUCAGGAGACGACGGGGACCAUCAGAGAGCUUCUGAACAUGUCAUUAGAUGCUAACAGCAGAGGUCUGGCUCUGACCGAGGCCAUCCAGAGACUUCUCACCAUCUGGGGUUCAGUAGAAGACUCUCUGGUGAAAGCCAAACAGAACUCGAACUGGAGAGAUGUUCUGUCUGCAAGAGUUCUGCUGACCUUCAUAGAACUCAACCACCAGUUGAUGUUCUCCCACCUCAUGGUGCCUCCUUCUGGUUUCCAGCUCAGGUGGACUCACACCCUGAGUUACCUGAGCUUCUCCAGGCUCAUGGCAGAGCGACUCGACGACUGCUGGUUGGAGAACGUAGAGGUCCAGAUGAACUCCAGCCUGGAGGCUCAGGAUCCUCGUGUCUUUGACAUGAGUCGGUGGCAGAUGUCUAGAACAGGAAGUGGGCUGCUGUCUGGAUCUGGCCCAGGACUUCGGGUUCUGACAAACACUCAGCGCUGCCUGUUCAGCCGUGCGUCCUCGGCUCUCUGGCUGGCGUCUCGGUCCUUGUCAUCGAGCCUCAGUGUGAGGAUCUGCCUGCUGGCCGUGGCCUGCCUCAUCUACCCCGUCGGGAUGUUCUCCUUCAAGCAGAUGACGGAGUGGAUCCAAAACUAUGCCCAGAGCUUGAAGGAGAAGACAGAGGACCUGAAGCGCCAAAGGCAGCUGGCUGAAGAUCUGCUGCACCAGAUGUUACCAAAGUCAGUGGCCAAGCAGCUCAGGAAGCACAAGCAUGUGGAAGCAGAGAGCUACGAGAAGGUGACUAUUUUUUUCUCAGACAUCGUUGGCUUCACUUCGAUCUCCGCGUCCUGCACCCCCCUACAAGUGGUGGAGAUGCUCAACAACCUGUACAUGUGCUUCGACACUCGCAUCGAGUCCUACGAUGUCUACAAGGUGGAGACCAUCGGUGACGCCUACAUGGUGGUGAGCGGUCUUCCUGAGAGGAAUGGUGACCGACACGCCGACGAAAUUGCCAAGAUGGCGCUGGAUCUGCUGGCGGCAGUCAAACAGGUGGUCAUCCCUCACAUGCCAAAGGAGAGGCUGCAGCUCCGAGCCGGCAUUCACACGGGUCCGUGUGUGGCUGGGAUUGUGGGACACAAGAUGCCCAGAUACUGUUUGUUUGGAGACACGGUCAACACAGCCUCCAGGAUGGAGUCCACCAGCCUGCCUCAAAAAAUACACGCCAGCUCAGAAACGUACCUGGCUUUGAUCAAAGACAACGCCUACGAGCUGCAGCUACGCGGAGAGACCGAGGUCAAGGGUAAAGGCAAGAUGAACACAUACUGGCUGAUCGGCCACAAAGACUACGGCGUGCAGAACGACAGUCUGGUCUGCAACUGGAAUCCAAACAUGGCCAGAAAGAAAAAGAUGGCGGCCAACAGCCAGGUCUCCGUAGCAAACUCUUCUGGUACAGUCCUGAGCCUCAGUGACAACGCCACCACCCCGGUUUCUGCAGCGCUGAGCCAAACUCCACAGAUGCCUCGGGUGGAUAAACUGGGUCUGAGCGUGGCGGCUCAGAUGGAGCCGUACGGCGGCAGCUACGGCACCCUGGGCUCCAUGGUUGGGGGUCUGCAGGGAGGAGACGAGAGUCCUCUACCCAGUCAGCGUGGCGGUCUUAAACCGGACCUACUGCCUGGUUCAAACCAGCAAAUGUGACCAAACUAUCCUAUGAGCCAAGCAAAGACACAGAUUUAGGUUUGAUUUAGAGACAAUUUUCACCUUCUCAGUGUUGCUGUGUUUUUUAAUUUUGAAAUGUAUUUAAAUAAUCUAAUGGUUAGUCUGCAUUCUGUUGUAUGUAGCUGAAGCUUUUUGGUUUUAAAAUCUAAGCUGUGGUUAUUUGGAAAGUUACAUUUUUAUGUGUUUGACCCCAAAAACGGGAUCUUAAAGAGCAAGUCACCCCCAAAUCAACUUUUUUUCUGAUAAACUAUAUAAAUGUGUGUCUAAUCGUGCUGCAGACACGUGUCAUCAAUAGUUUUGCACUUUAGUGCAUUUUAGUUAAAAUUUUAAUUUUCUGCCUAAAACUGUCAGUGUUGUGCCGUUGUCAGGUAAAAACUCUGAACUGCAUUUGAAUUUAAAUUUGCCAUCGCUAUUGGCUAAGAGGUACCCUAGAACGUUAGCUGGUACCAUGUGAUGUCACAAUGUCGUUGUGAGCCUGUGUGUGUGUAUUUGUUAGCGGCUCCGCCCUCUCGGUCUGCUAGGCAACAGCAUUUGUUGCAUUUUUGAAACAGGAAGCGGGAGUGGAGUAAUACUGUGGUAGGGGGUGACUUGCUCUUUAAGUUAGUUCUGAACAAAGGUCUUGAUCCCCAGUUUGUCCCUUGUGACUGGUUGGGUCAUCCAGAGGAUCAUUUUUAGCUGUUUUCUCACGUUUCAACAACAUAUCAGACCUACUGAGAUCCUUGGAAACUUUGGGAUUAGAGAUACACGAAAGACUGACAGGUUAUUGAAACUGGCCAACUCAGAAGUCAGAGUUAUUUAUCCCUUGGUUCAUGACUGCACCCAAUGGUAAUCAAAUAUUUUUAUCAGAAAAGUAUUGUGUUAAUAAAAGUUCUUGGAGAUAAAUCAGGAUCAGAAGAUCAGAGCCGUUCAAGAAUCAGAAAUCGGUAUCGGCCUUUAAAACCAGAACUGGUGCAUUCUCGUCGGGUUUUGUCUUUUUGUAUUUCAAAUGUUUGUUGUUACUUUUAGACCUUUUAAUUAGUGUUCACUUCACCGUUGUGCUUGUAGAUUUACUUUUGUCCACUUGCUUUUACUUUACAGCAGCGUUCCUGCAGCUUUGGUUGUUUUUAAACUGCUGCACAAAUAAAACCGACAUGAAUGAAAACACUUGAAAA